AGAAAGCCAUGAAGGCAUCAUCAGACGUUGUUGGAGAAGGAAAAGGUGGCCGAUUCGAGGCAACCUAACAAUCCCUCGUUCAUCGGUGAGGGCCGUUCAGAUUCACCGUAUUUUUACCUCACCCAGCGCUGGAAGAGGAUAUUUUAAUCGGCACACAACCCCCUCAUCUACGAUGGCUGAGCAAAACAGCAACGUCAGAUAUCAAGAGCUGGUGAAUGAGGAGGAGCCGCUCCUGACAUCUCAAGAGGGUCCUUCCCCGGAUGCACCUCCCCCUUACAGCAGCGUUGCCGCAGCUAAUGCAGCUUUCUUUGAAUUCAAGGAAGAUGGCGACAGAUUCCCCAACCCUCCGUCCUACAGCGUCGCCACAACUUUGCCCUCCUACGACGAAGCGGAGAGAAGCAAAGCGGAGGCUGCCGUCCCCCUCGUCACCGGAAGAGUCACGGAGGAUGACUUUGUGGCCCGAGAUGACUUUGAGGAUGCUGACCAGCUGCGAAUAGGCAAUGACGGCAUCUUCAUGCUCACUUUCUUCAUGGCGUUUCUCUUCAACUGGAUCGGCUUCUUCUUGUCCUUCUGUUUGACCACGUCAGCUGCCGGUCGAUACGGAGCCAUUUCGGGGUUUGGAUUGUCCCUCAUCAAAUGGGUUCUUAUCGUCAGGUUUUCCACCUACUUCCCAGGCUACUUUGACGGCCAGUAUUGGCUGUGGUGGGUGUUCUUGGCCUUGGUUGUUUGCAUUGCAGGCUUCAUGCUGUUCGUCAGAGGCUUCGUCAACUACUCGAGAGUGCGCAAGCUGGCUGAUCCCACCUACGCCAGUCUACCCCGAACAAGGGUGCUCUUCAUCUAUUAGACCGAGAUGUGGAGGACAAUAACAUGACGACGUGACGCAGAAAUCCAGACGGCUCUUAAGCGAGCGAACCAUUUGAGGAAAUCGUCAACUCUUUUUGUUUGCCUUCGUAUUCAUGGAAAGCGGUUAGCAGUACUCGUCCCUCAGUGUCGUCAUCAGUGGCGCAUGUUCUCUCCAUCUUGUGCGUAAUGUUUAAUAAGUGAUGCCUUAAUAUUGCUUUGCUAGAAUUACAAGCACGACUUUUGCUCUCCCGGGAGAGGCUGGAAGUCACCGCACGUCUUCAUGAUUCAACAUUCGCCGCAUACGCAUUUUGUUUUUUUUUUUCUUUUUAUUGUGACGAUUAUGUAGGCUCUCUUCCGCACUUGCACAGCUAGCUGUAAUUCAAUUCAAUUGUAUUUAUAGGGCACUUUCGAACAGCCAUCGCUGCAUACAAAGUGCUGUACAUGGUGCAAUUUAACAUAUACAAUAAACAGUAAAACAAAUCGGCAACAAAGACGGUAGAAAGCACCGAACAGUAAAACCCAGAACAAAUCUAAGUCAUGCUGAGUCGAAUGCCAAAGAAUACAAGUGAGUUUUGAGGAGGGAUUUGAAGAUGGGCAGCGAGGAGGAUUGCCGAAUGUUCAGUAUGAUUGAUAUGUAAAUGAUUACGCCGCAUUGCUCACUCAACUGUUAGCUUGAGGGUUAGCAGUGUUGUCUCCUGCCCGGUUGGUUCCUUCAGGGCAUUCGUUCCAAGCAAAGACAAAUGAUAAAUGGAUACAAGUGAUGGCACACAGGAUGCGUUUCCCGAUACAUCUAGUGCAGUGAUUCCCAACCUUGAUUGAGCCAAAGCACACGCCACCAAAAGAGAAAAAUCUCAUGAUAAGACAGUCUUACACACACACACCAAUUGUAGCUUUUGACAUCCAGUGGAAGAGUAUUUCAUUGUUAUGGCUGCCGCUUUAUCUUGCUGCAUAGAUAGACGUACACAGAUACGUUUGUGGUGGUGAAUAAAUCAUUUUCAGACCACUUCAGUGAAAUUGGAUACUUUUCUGUGGCACAUUGAGUGGCUGGGAAUCACUGGUUUAGUGGACAUGCCUGUCAUGCAUGCAUGUGUUUUGUAGGACUCGAGAGCAGUGUCCAAAAUUGCACCCUUGUGUCACAUGUUAUUUUGCCUGUUUUUGCUGUUUAUCAAUUCAGAUGAAAUAUUUUUAGUCAUUUAAUCACUUCAAGUCAGUGUGAGAUGUUCAAGAACACACUUUGGGAUCACUCGAUGACAAAUAAAUAAAGUACCAAUAUUCUGGGUCAUUUUUACUGGCAUGACAAAAGUGAAGAUUUUUAGGCAUUUUAUUUGCCGCUUUGAUGCCCGAACUUGACUUAGUCAUUUACUCCCUCUGACUGUCAUCUUGUUUAUUUUCACAUGUUUGAAAAUGACGUGCGAGUGUUGUAGGCAGGCGCACUUUUCUCAAUACACAACUGUUAGAAUUUGUCAUUUGACCUCAAGGUGAAAAAAAAUCAAGAAUGUGUGACUAUUCUGAUUUACAUGCCAGAAAGAUUCUCCAUUGAAGCACAAGUUUUCGUUUUAGCCUUAAUGAUUUCAACUUCACUGUCACAGCUUUUAUUCUCAUUUAAAGUGAUGUAGAACGACAUCUAUGAGGUUUUGUUGUGACGUUGUACAGAAGGGAAGAUUUAAUUCAAUAAAUGUCACUUUAAAAUA